CAUCUCUGAGAUUCCAAGAUUCUGAUAAUUAAGCCUCAUUGUGGCAGUGCUGUCUCAUCUUGUCCAUUCUCUACCAUCUUUCUUUCUGUGUAUCUACAUGCCUUUCUGGAACUCCAUCGUUAAUCACAUCCACAAUGCAAAUUCGCCUAUCUCACCAAUGCUCAGAUCAAACGCUUUCCGUCUCAACGUGAAGUCCCGUGGGGCCUGUCGCCGGCAACUUCACCAAGCCUCGCCAAGCUCCGUAAGUCUACGAAGGAUCACAACUCGAGGAGUUGCUGGUGCUGUAGUCUUUGCGGGCACUGUCUAUCUCAAUUAUCCUCCUCAAUUUCUCCAAGCCGACAGUUCAAAAGGAUCGGAUGAUUCUGAGGGUUGGUUCUCAUGGCCCGUGAUUGUCCAACAACCAAGUAGCCAGCCUCAGAACGAAGAGUCUCAGGGGAUAACCACCGGAAACGAUGUCAACCAAUCUCGACCGGGUCAACAGGCACCUCCAUCUCAGACUAAAGGUCACACAGCAUCCGACAUCAAUGAAACACUAGAAGCCUCUGAUGUAUCAGCAUGGCAUACCAUGGUUGGAAGCUUCGAAACUGCCAAAGACAGUAUCGUCAACUUUGAAAUCUCCAAGAUCGGAGAGAAAAUCGCUGGCACGAUUGUGCCGAAAUGGGUCAAAGUCUUACCCGGUUAUAUCUCAAAACUGCAGAGUGAACUGUCCAUGGCCCCCGGCUCCCUAGCAGAAGAAAUUUGGCACGAAGCAAACGACCCUGAGAUUAAUCCAGAGAUUAUUUGGGAUGCUCGAGUUCGAGUAUCGGACGAGAUCUGCAAAGAAGAGCGCGAUUUUCUCAAAAAGAGAAAACGCCACACGACUGCUGCGCUAGCCAGAUAUCUUGAUAUACCGGAGGCAGAUAUACACCCAGCCGAUGUACCGACUAUUGCAAUGUGUGGGUCUGGUGGUGGUCUUCGCGCCCUCGUCGCCGGCACUUCCUCGUAUCUCUCGGCACAAGAAGCUGGACUGUUUGAUUGCGUCACAUACACAGCAGGAGUCAGUGGUUCCUGCUGGCUGCAAACCUUGUUCUACUCAUCUGUUGGUCAGCAGAGCCACGGUCGCAUGAUCAAUCAUCUGAAAAGCCGCCUCGACGUUCAUAUCGCCUAUCCUCCAGCAGCUCUCUCGUUGCUCAGUAGUGCACCUACCAGCAAGUAUCUUCUCAGUGGAAUAGUGGAGAAGAUGAAAGGUGUACCCGAUGCUGAUUUUGGUCUCGUGGAUGUGUACGGACUGCUUCUAGGAGCACGUUUACUAGUUCCUAAGGGCGAAUUGGGUAUUUCGGAUCACGACUUCAAGAUUUCUAACCAACGACAACACACGGAUACUGGCGCAUAUCCUCUACCCAUCUAUACCGCAGUCCGCCAUGAGAUACCCGAGGUAGCACAAACACAGGACCGUGCCAUGAAUCUUCAGGACGAAACCUCAAAGGCGAUCGCGCGCGCAGAGUCAUGGUUCCAGUGGUUUGAGUGGACACCUUACGAAUUCUUCUGUGAGGAGUUUGGAGCCGGAAUCCCGACUUGGGCGAUUGGUCGCAAAUUCGAUGGUGGCUACAGUGUCUAUAGAGAUAAUGGUCUCGCUCUGCCUGAGCUUCGUGUUCCUUUGCUGAUGGGCAUCUGGGGAAGUGCAUUCUGUGCCACGCUGUCCCAUUACUACAAGGAGGUACGCCCUAUCGUUCGCAGUCUUGCUGGAUUCAGUGGUAUCGAUCAAUUGAUCGCCGAGAAAGAUGACGAUCUUACCAAAGUCCAUCCUUUCGAACCUGCCUCCAUUCCGAACUUUGCUGCAAACAUGGAGAAUCUACUACCCCAAUCAUGUCCACAGAGCGUUCAUGGUGUGACGACUCUGCAGCUCAUGGACGCCGGCAUGAGCAACAACCUUCCUAUAUACCCUCUUCUACGUCCGGGUAGAGAUAUCGAUGUACUGAUAGCUUUCGAUGCCUCUGCCGAUGUCAGACAAGAUAACUGGAUCAAAGUGACGGAUGGGUACGUCAAACAACGUGGUAUUAAAGGAUGGCCUCUUGGAGCUGGCUGGCCUACUGAGGAACUCACCGAGGAGCAGACACUGAAAGAACUUGAGCAAGCUCAGGCCACUACUGAAAAGGAAGCCACGGACAGGAUUGAACAUGCACAACACGUCAACGACUCCGACGCAGUCAUGAAGGGUGAAAAGGUUCCCGCCAAACCGAGUGACUUGGGCUACUGUACUGUCUGGGUAGGCACGACCGAAGAGCGUGAAAGUGACACCGAACCGCCUAUGUCGAAAAAGGUCGAGGAAGAUUGGGAAGUCAUGAGGCCAGAUGCUGGUAUUGCUGUCAUCUACUUCCCCUUCCUGAAAAACGACAAAGUGCCAGGUGUCGAUCCGCAGACAUCCGACUUCAUGAGUACAUGGAACUUUGUCUACACAACCGAGGAGAUUGACAAAGUCGUAUCGCUGGCUCGUGCGAACUUUGAAGAGGGGAAGGACCAAACCAGGCGCACGAUCCGUGCAGUUUGGGAGAGAAAGAGAAAUCAUCGUCUGGCGCGUGAGGAAGAAGCAAAAGAUAUUCGUCGUCAGACAAGGAUGAGGAAGGUCAACAAUAACAGAUGCAAGCAGUAUGGUGACCACGGCGACCAAUUCAGCUAAAGGUUGAAAAGUGGUGUGGAGUACAUGGAGUCAAUCAGGAUCCUAUAAGUGACUAUUAUAAUACCCAGCGUGGCAUCGCGCAUAGUAAGAAGUAAUUAAAGACCCGUUCAAGGAUAACCAAUUGGUCCCAUGU